UAAAGAAAAUGGCGGACGAUUGUGAUUUGGAAAGUGUUCGAGAUUUCAUAUUAUCAAAUGGAGGCAAAAUUAGGAAUGCUGACCUGGUCACUAGGUACAGAAAGUUUUUGGACAACCCACAGAGUAAAGCUGCGAACCGAGAGAAAUUCAAAGACAUUGUAAAUACCUUGGCAACCAUAAAAAAGGAUGAGUCUGGGGAGAAGGUGUUGGUCCUUAAGAAGAAAUUCAGAACAGGAUCCAUAUCUGCGUCCAACCUGUCCAAAUCUUCAACUGACCUGGCAAGAGCGCAGUCAGAGCCUCCCAACCAGCCCCCCUCCCCACAGGUCGCCCGCGCUAGGGAGGGGGAGACUGACGCCAUGAUGCGCGUCAAAAGCGAGGGGAACUUGGGAGAUUCCUCAGGAGGCUCUAACCCUUCUGUGGAAACUGUUAGUGCCAGCUCCUUGUCCACAGCUGAUUCCUCGAUGUCAGCAGAGGAAGAUGAAAAGGAUAAAGAAAACCUGGCCAACAUGAGUGUUAAGGAGAGAGCAAAACACCUGAACAAGAUUGAGUCACAGACCCAGCUGGAGAAGGCUGCAGGCGGCGGAGGCAGACGUAAGGAAAAUAAGGGAACAAGUGAUGGCGAUGAUGACAGCCAUUCAGGAUUUGUGACAAUAGGCCCCAAAGAACGCGAGUGGCUGCUGAUUUCUAGUUCUGCUGACUAUCACCCAAUGGCCAAACUUCUGAAUCAUAAUCCUUCACUGGUCAGGCUGCGGGUAAGUGCUAAACAACAAUCCCUCGCACAUCAAACUGUUGAACUACAAUUUGUCACUGAGCAAAUUGCUGAAUUAUAAUCCCUCACUGAUAAAACUGCUGACCAUAAUCCCUCACUGAUCAACUUGCUUACCGUAAUCUCUCACCGAUUAAACUGUUGACCAUAAGCUCUCACUGAUCAACUGCUAACCAUAAUUGCUCACUGAUCUGACUGCUAACCACAAUCCCUUUCUGAUCAAACUGCUGCAGCACAAUCCCUCAUUGAUCAAAUUGUUGAAGCCAAAUUUCUCACUGAUCAAGCUGCUGAACAACAGUCCCUUUGAUCAAAAUUUUGAGCCCUAAUCCCUCACUGAUCAAACUGCUGACCGUAAUCCCUCACUGAUCAAA